UUUGAAGGUCGAUCCAAAGAAAUAACUACUGUUCCAAACAAGCCCAUACCUAUAGGAUAUAAGGUCUGGGGGGCAGCCCAAAGGAGGUUCUUACUCGUAUGGAACUGGCAUAUUCCUGGUCAAAAAAAUGGGCCUGUAGGAGUACGUACUUCACGAGAGCUUGGUGGGAUAAUUAAGGCUGGAAAUGGGGGAAAUAAGACACAAGCAAUAGUCCUGUACCUAAUUCAAAGGUUGCCUAAGCCUCCUAAGAGAUCUGGCUACCACGUUUACCUCGAUAAUCUCUUUGUUUCUACCCGCUUUGUCCAAUAUGCUCGCUCCCAGGGAGUUACAAUUACUGGGACUUGCAGGACCACUGGUAGGAUUAUUAAGGAGCUUCUUGACCUUCAGAAAUCAGACAAAAAGGAUAUAAUCCCUUGGGGAGAGACCUAUUCUAUGUAUACGCCUAAUAGAGAGGUGUAUCACGUUGGGUGGAAAGAUCAAGCCUUUGUUUUAAUGAUGUCUUCCUUUAUAUCAGGUAAUAAGCGAGUUGAGAGGCUAAGGAAGAGGCCUAAGGAGACUUCUUCUAAGGCAAAGACUAUACGAAAGCCCUUUGGUAAAGAGCCUGUCAAAGUACUCUCGAUUCCUGCAAUUGCGGACGGAUAUAAUUAUUAUAUAAGGGCUGUGGACGAGUUUGAUCACUUGACUGUCCAGAACGCUGGCUUACGGCACGUGAGACGAGGGGGGCACCAAGUACUUGAGCACUGGCUACUUCGUACGGUUCUAAUUAAUUACUAUUUACUUGCUUUAUAUAGCAAUAUUCCAGAGCCUAGACAAGUAAGCUUUAGAAGCCAGCAAGACUUUAGAAGGCAGUUAAUUGGUGCUCUUGUAGCU